AGUAGCAUGGGGUUUAUUACUAAGCAACAGAGACCAGCGCAUACCGGCGAAUUGGUAAAAACGGUAACGUUAGUAAACUGUACAAUCGACUUUAACCACAUUCAGAGAACAUAUGCCAAAUAAGCCUUCGCUUAGACUCUGCGUUCCGUUGUCGUUAUACUGUGAUAAGUUAUUUCCCGCGUGAGAUAGGAUCAGAUCGAGCAGGUUGCUCUGUCAUGAAUACAUUUAAAGAUCCCCCGUUUGCUGCGACAGAAAUGCACGCGAACAAUCUCCAAAAUCACGACUCUCACUGUGGAACCGAUGUGGCCCGUGCACGCUGGGCUCUUCUGCGACAGGUUCUGAAACAUAAGCAGCUCGACAGUUCAGAUGUUCAGCAGGUGUCAGUGCGAAGAUUCUCCUCCUUUAACCUGUUCUCCAGGAGCAGGGUCACUCCCACAGAGACGGACGAGCCAUCGGGCCAUCAGUGGGUGGAGUACAGAAGUGCAGUCUUUCCUCAGUACAGUGCCUUACUCAGAGACGAUCUUGGUCCAAUUAGAGUGAAUGAGGUGCUCAGCAGCUUUGACAACACAGGAAAUGUCUGUGUCUGGCCUUCUGAAGAGGUGAUGGCCUACUAUUGCCUGAAGAAACGUCACAUGUUUACGGGCUCCGCAGUGUGUGAGCUGGGUGGAGGGAUGACGUGUCUGGCAGGUCUCAUGAUUGCGGUUUGUGCUGAUGUGAAGGAAGUGCUGCUAUCUGAUGGCAACGAGAAGGCAAUUCAAAAUGUGCGCAGUGUUAUCGAAAGGAACAGGCAAGAGGGACUCUUCCUGUCUACCAAUGUGUCCAGCAGGGUGGUGAGAUGGGACAAUGAGGCUGAUAUGUCCGCUCUGGAGGGUCGCUUUGACGUGGUGAUGUGCGCUGACUGUCUGUUUCUUGACCAGUACAGAGGGAGUCUGGUUGAUGCACUAAGAAGAUUACUGCGACCUGAUGGCACGGCUCUAGUAUUUGCUCCUACCAGAGGAGACACACUGGCAGAAUUCUGCAGACUGGCGGAAAGCGCAGGCCUGAGAGUGUGUCGCUAUGACAACUACGACUCACAGUUGUGGGACCUUCACCUGAAGAUGCAGAGAGAGGGAAAGGAGGUGUACGAUGAGAAUAUCCACUAUCCUCUUCUCCUCACUCUCACUCAUGGAUCCAGUCCAGCCCUGAUCUGAGCUGGGCAAAGCCAUCUCAUGCCAGGCUGCCUUUCUGUACCGCCCACCCCGGCUUUGCCACUGUGUCCUCACCUGCUGUGUGUGUGUGUGUGUGUGUGUGUGUGUGUCAGGCCUAAGCAGCCUCUCACCACACUCCUCAACUCGGUGUGUGUGUGUGUGUGUGCAGUGAAAACAGACUGUGUAGGUGAGUUGCCAUGUGUGCGUGUACUUGACCUGUUUACUGUGCAACAACAGUGUGAAAUGCAUUAAAUGGGAAUGGAGAACAUAUCCCUCCCUCUCAUCCUACAAACACUGUGGAUGUGAUGCUCAGAUAUGAACUUAUUCAAUGCCUGUGAGUAUACUGUACGUGAUAUCAGAGAUGAUGAUUCAGGGCAGAACGUUACGAAUUUAUGAAUUCAACUCUGGAGGCUGAUACAGCUAAUCAGGUUCACAGGACUAUCUUCGCCUCUUUACAAAGACGUAAAUGAGGCCGUAGGGUCGUCUUGAUCAUGAGAUCUUGUUAUCAUAAUGACACCAGCUCUCAGUUAGCUACUGAUUCUGUAUCUACAUUCAAAGGCUCAUUCUGACACCAAAGGUUAUGAGGGGAUGGGAUGGAUGCUGCUGCGCUGAAUGUUAUUUGCUUCACUGUGAAAUGCUCUCAUCUGGCAUUUUUUAUCGAAGAACUGACAAGAUAUGAAAGAUUAGGCCAGACUAAGACUGAACUGAUAUCUUGACAGCGUCACACUACCACUGGUAAGACCUGCAGCACUGUUCUCCACUGAGUCCUGUAUGUUUAGAGAGCACUCACUGUGCAUGCUGGACCAAUGACCUCAUAAUGAAAAUGGUGUCAUCAUUUAUCAUGUCUUUUGAAACCCAUUUGGUUUUCUUUUAACCUUAGAAUGUAAAAAGGGUUAUUUGUAGCAGAAUGUCCAAAUUGGUUUUUCUAUACAAUAAAUGUGAAUGGUGAUCAUAACUACCAAGCAACAUUUUCAGAGUAUAACAACUUUUUAACAAGUUUCAUUCUUUUUUUGCACACAAAGGCUUCAGAGGACAGAGGAAAGCUGGGUGGACAGGGUGCUUUUUUUGCAAUUUUUUUUGAACGGACAGCCUCUGGUCAUCAUCCACUUUCAUUGAAUGGAAAAGGGCAGCAUUGACACUCUGCUAAACUUCUCUUUUUAGAUUCCAUGGAAGGAAGAAAAUACUGUGUGUUUGGAAACGACAUGAGGGUGAAUAAAUGAUGACGAUUUUCACAUUUAAAUUUAAUUAAUGGAUACAAUUCAUAUGAGUUCUGUAUACAGACCCCUUUCCGCCAUGAAAAAAAAAUACAAAACGCAACUAAU